GGUGCAGAAGAGUGGAUGUUGCUAUGUAGUUUACACCACUUCUUCAGAGGGGGCGUUAAAGUGCGUGAAAAGAUUCGUCGACUUGAUAACAAUGAUAACCGCAUCGAGAUCUUUGUUUACUUAACAUAAUCGUCAAGUGUCGCCAUAAAGGAAUCUCUAUGCCGUAAAUAAUAAUAAUAAAUAAAAUAUAUCGAGACUCAAAUGUUCUCCAGUAAGGCGAGAUUAUUAAAACGCACAGGGAAGAAUCCCACUGGACGUUACGAUUUUUUAAAGCUCUUAGUUACCGAGUACAAAACAACAUCGUCCAAAGACGCGCAGGAGCAAGUACUGGCAAAUUUGGCAAAUUUUGCCUAUGACCCUGUUAACUAUGGAUACAUGAGGCAGCUACAAGUGAUUGAUAUAUUUCUCAAUGCCUUGUCUCAAAGUAAUCCAAAGUUGGUACGUUUCGGCAUUGGUGGUCUCUGCAAUUUGUGUUUAGAUGCAAUAAAUAAACUGUAUAUCCUGCGCAAUCGAGGCGUCGAGUUAGUAUCGUCCCUACUUUCUUCCGAGGACGAAGAUGUUUUGCUCGCAGUAAUCAGCACCUUGAUGUUCCUGGUCACAUCUGAGUCCGUGAAUGAGAUAACGUCGCCCGCAAUAAUUAAACGCAUGCUGGAACUUUCGGGUACAUCGUACGAAGAUACGCGUAUUAAAAAUAUGGCAAUCUUAUUUCUGAACGACGUCUGUCAAGCGAGUGACGUCGAAAAAGUGAAAGCUGAGGACUACUAUAAAUUGACACUUCUGACUUGUGACUGUAAAAAAAGUAAUAUCAUGAAGCUGAUUCAAUUCUUUGCUGGAUUUCUCAAAAACCACCCUGCGAGAAACUCCAAGAUAAGAUCGUUCGCCGACAUAACGAUAAACAAUUUGAGAGUGGGAGACCAGGUGUCGGUUUUGAAGGUAAUAACAAAUGACGAUAUACUCAAGUUUGCUGAGUUGACGGGCGAUCAUAAUCCAAUACACACCGAAUCAGCAAGAAAUAUUGCGCACGGUGCUUUACUCAAUGGGCUAGUGUCAGGUUUAAUUGGUACAAAAUUGCCCGGUGCGGGUACUAUAGUUGUCGAACAAAAUAUCACGUUCCCUAAACCGUGUUACGCUGGCGAUACCGUAGAAGUUAUAGUCAAAAUUAAGUCAGUAAGAAAAAUCAUUAAAUGCGUGUACAUGUGUAUUGCUAACGGAGAUAGAGUCGUAUUAGAAGGAGAGGCAAAACUUAUAAGAAAGACACUGUAAUACUGAGAUAUUUCAUCAUUUGUAUAUUUCUUCAUUAUGUACUGUAAAGAUGUUUCAUAUAGAAUUAUAGAAAUAUUUAAUAAAAUUUAAAUUAAACUCG